AUGGUUUUAUACUCGUCGCAAUAUGACAGGUACAAACCUCCUAAAUUUGUUACUCUUCGCAAUAUGAUAGAUACUUGUACUCAUCCUCUGACUCCGUGGGCUGAAGAAAAGUUAGCCAAUCAUAUUCGCAAAUCAGCUACUAUGAUUGUCAAACCAAUAACCAUUGAUAGAUAUAAAGUGUAUAGUUCUGGUAGAUCUGUCGCUAUAGUCAAUCUUGCAACAAAAGAAUGCAGUUGUAAAAAAUUUCAACUAUCACAGAUAGCAUGCACGCAUGUUGCGGCAAUUGCCAGAUUUCAAAACCUCUCAAAUUGUUAUCCUUGGGUAAAUAAAUAUUACUCAACUGAAUAUUGGAAAGCUGUUUACCGGGAGGCUGUUGAACCUUUGGGUGAUUCUUCCGAAUGGGUGCAACCUGAAGAUAUCCGUAUCGUUAAUCCACCACAAAUGUAA